AUCGACGUUUUGUAUUCAAUCCGCGAUUGCCGUCACAGGUGAAUAGUUUCAAAUCUUGCAAUAGCUUUUAUGAAAAUUUGGAACCCUCUUUGCCAGAACAACAUUUUCUUUGAUUUCACCAUUAUUUCUGAUAUCCUAUACUACCGAAGAAAGAGUAGGGACAUUCAAUAUAUACAUGGCAUCUGCACCAUCAUUUCACCGAAAUAAAGAGGCUAAACUCUUGGCGCAGAAUGAAAGACCAAAUGCCUAUUCAUUGAGGUCUCGUACCAAAACUAAACGUAAUAAUCAAUCAGUAGAUAGACCAAGUCAAGUAUCAAGACAUGAGAACAAUUCUGUGGCAAAGAAAAGUGAAGUCCAUGCUGCCUCUACUAGCAGAACAGGGAGAGCUUCAACAUCAACAGACAAUCAUAGAAAUAAGAGCAAUGAUUGUAAAACAAAGAGUACUAUUACUACUAAAGCCAAAGUUUCAUCUUGCUCAACUUCGAAGGAUCAAAAUACUCAGAAUAACAACUCUAGUGGAACUCAAGGAAAACAAGAUUUAAAGAAUCAGCAAGCUGCUAAGAGUAAGGCUUCAUCUAAUUGUAGAACAAACCAGAAUUCAAAGAACGGGGAACACAAAAUCAAGAGUCCUGAGACAAACAAAAGGGUUGGAAAUUGGAGUGAGAAGACCAUACCUUCACAGAACCAAGCUAAAAUUUCAAAGAAGGAACACAUGGUAUACUGUAUUAGUCUGAAAGGAUUUGAGAAAACAAGUGAACGUUGGAAUUGUGAGUUAUGUGGGAAAGAUAUUUCAUAUUCACCAAAUGAAGAGGAUGAGAUGCACGAAGAGAACGAGCUGCAAUAUUAUUUUUCCUUACAUAAGGGAGAGGAAGAACAAGGUGGAAAUUCUCUUCUUCCAGAAACUUGUGUUCUUCCAUGUAGUCAUGUAUUCCACAGCACUUGCUUAUAUUCACCGCACCUCACUGACAGUGACACCACUGAUCCUCCGUGCCCUCUAUGCGUUACCCUCUCUUGAACAAACAUUUACAAAUAUAUUAUUUCAUUGGAUAAAUAACUCCAUUUU